AUGUUGUGCGCCGCAACCAUCGUGGAGAUGGCAGCGCAAGUAUCGUUUGUAAAGCCUGCCAAGAUGAACGAAAGGCUGGCUGUUCCGUCUCGCCGACGACUCGCUGAUGGCAAGACCCAACUAUCAAGAAAAAGACUGGCGUCGGUUCGACCUGCCACACGACUGGUCGGUGGAAGGACAACUCUCCCCCGGUGUACAGAUAUUAGAGAAAUAACUAACAGAGCAUUCGUCAUAUCAAGACUUGUUUCAAUCGAAAAUUAA